AUGCCUCUCCCCCUCGCAAUAACCGCUCCCGCAAUCGCGGCCUCCCUCGCCUACCUCAACGCCCGAUCAUCAACCUGGUACGACCUUUUUCUCCUUCGAUGCGUCACCACCGGCGCAUCGCGCAUGUACUAUCGCGAAUGGGCCGAUCGCCUUAAUCUCUUCUACCUCCUCGAGAAUAUCGCCACGAAAUCUUCUACUUCUGACCGCGCUCUACUCAUCUUUGAAGGCAAGCGUUAUUCCUACGCAGAUGUCUACGAUCGUGUGUUGCGCUAUGGUCAGUGGCUCAAGACGGAACUUGGUGUGAAGAAGGGUGAUAUUGUUGCGCUGGACUUCCAGAACUCAGAGACAUAUAUCUUUGUAUGGUUGGGGCUUUGGAGCAUUGGUGCUAAGCCUGCGUUUCUCAACUACAACCUUUCUGGAGCGUCGCUGGUCCAUUGUCUAAAGGCUGCCACGACAAAGUUAUGUAUCGUGGAUCCCAAUAUCGAAGAGAACGUUGGCCAGGAUGUUCGCGACGAGCUUAAAGAUAUUCGCUUCGUCGUUCAUACGCCAGAAGUUGAAGCCCAAGUUGCCGCCACUGAGGCAGUUCGCGCGCCAGACUCCGAACGUUCCGAAAAAGGCCUUUCAAGUAUGGCGAUUCUCAUUUACACUUCCGGAACAACCGGUAUGCCAAAGGCUGCCAUUGUGUCAUGGGGGAAAUUGAUCGUUGCUGGCACGAUGUCUGAGCAAUUACUGAAUCGUUCAAAGGGUGACAUCAUGUACUCAUCAAUGCCCCUGUAUCACUCCUCCACGACAAUCUUUUCUUUCAGCGCAACCCUCCUUUCCGGCAGCACUCAAGCGUUAGGUCGCAAAUUCUCAACAAAGACAUUCUGGAACGAAGUUCGUGACUCGGGCGCAACAUCCAUCCUCUACGUGGGUGAGACGCUUCGAUAUCUAGUUUCUGCACCACCACAAUACGACCCCGAGACAGGGGAAUGUCUUGACAAGAAGCACAACGUCAAAGUGGCUUUCGGUAAUGGCUUGAGACCAGAUAUCUGGAACGAAUUCAAGGACCGAUUCGGCGUGGAAGGUAUUUGCGAGUUCUACGCCGCCACAGAAGGAACCUUUGCGACCUUUAAUCUCAGCAAGAAUGACUUCACUGCCGGUGCUGUAGGUCGCAAUGGCUGGGUUUACAAUCUUCUCCUGAGUUUCUCUGUUGCUCUCGUCGAAGUUGAUUGGGAGACUGAUCUUCCACGUCGUAGCCCCCAGACAGGUAGAUGUUACAAGUCUCGUACUGGCGAACCAGGUGAGAUGCUCUUCCGCCUACCGUCUAGUGACCCGUACCGUCGCUUCCAGGGCUACUACGGCAACAAAGCUGCUACAGAAGCCAAGAUCAUGCGUGACGUGUUUAGCAAAGGCGACACUUGGUUCCGAACAGGUGACAUUGUCCGAUGGGAUAGUCAGGGUCGCAUCUUCUUCCACGAUCGAAUUGGCGAUACGUUCCGCUGGAAGGGUGAGAACGUAUCCACAGCCGAAGUUGGUGACUCCCUGUGCAAACACCCCAGCAUCAAAGAGGCAAAUGUAUACGGUGUAUCUUUACCGCACCACGACGGUCGAGCAGGUUGUGCAGCAGUACAUAUCGCGUCAGGUCCCACACCGGAAGUCAUGCAGGACAUAGCAACGCACGUGCGUGCUGAGCUUCCCAAGUACGCCAGACCUUUAUUUUUACGCAUCGUGAGCGAGUUGGGAGGUGGACAAAUCACAGGAACUAUGAAGCAGCAGAAGCACACCUUGCGAGAAGCUGGCGUUGAUCCCAGUGCUGAUAAGAGUCUGGGCGAGGUAUACUGGCUCAAGGGGGAGGCUUAUGUACCUUUUACGGAGAAGGAUUGGAAUGAGAUGCAGGGUGGUAAGGUGAAGUUGUAG